CUUGAACAAUAUGGCGUCUGUAUCGUCUAUCAUUUCAAAACAUUUGAUUUUAAUGAUAUUUAAUUGUUUAAAUGCUGAACAAGUGUUAGACAAACAAAACGAAGAUUUUGAUUUUGAUGGACUACCUGGUGUAACGUAUGAAUUUAAAAUAGAAGUUUUUUCUGGGCGGGAACAGUGUUUUUAUCAGAAAAUAGCAAACGGAGCUACUCUUCAUUUAUCUUUUGAGGUUUUACGAGGUUCUGAUAAAUUAGUUGAUGUAAUGAUCUGGGAUCCUAACAAUAACCAAGUAGAUGCGAAACAUUCGGUAACAAGUGGUUAUUUUGAGAACAAAAUUACGUAUGAAGGAAUAUAUACGAUAUGUAUAGAUAAUUUUGUUAGCAGAAAUAUGUAUGGUUCCAAGUUGAUUUAUAUUUACAUGAUGACGUAUAUAAUGAGCGAGUGGUUCCAGUAUCAAAAGGAAAUUGAAAGCGUCAGUUCAACUGUAACUAAUUUCACUAGGACAGUUACAUCCGUUCAGAGUUCGAUCGAAGCAGUAAAACAACAUCAAACCAAUAUACGAAUGAAUGUAGUUAAAGAUAACUAUUUCAUCCGCGGAAAUAACGACUACAUUAGUUGGUGGUCAAUUUUUCAAAUUUUGAUUAUCGUCUGCACGUCCGGUUUCCAGGUAUUUUGUGUAAGAAGACUUUUUAGAAUUCCACACGUUUCAGGAAAACCUUGUGAGUAAAACAAGAGAACAAUGUUUAUCUG